UAAACCCCGUUGGUUGUUAAAAUUUUGGGUUUAUUUGUUGAUUCCUUAGUUUGGUUCCUUAAACUUAAACCUUAUUUUUUGAGGUAAUUCAAUUUCCUCUGUUGCCUGCCACUUCGUGUGUUCUGAAACAGAGCAACUGACACAAAUGAACGUAUCUUCAAAACUUUCCUUAAUCUUCCACACACCCAAAAACCAUUCACCUCUUUUCAAAUUCUCAACCUUAAUUUCUACCACACCACAAAACCCAUCACCGCACAUUCUCACAAAAUGCAUUGCUCUCUUACAAAACUGUGCCUCAUCCAAACAAAAACUAAAACAAAUCCACGCAUUUUCCAUACGUCACAAUGUCCCACUCAACAACCCCGACAUCGGAAAAUACCUUAUUUUCACCAUUGUUUCCCUCUCAGCACCAAUGUCCUACGCUCACAACGUUUUCACAUUGUUAUAUAACCCAAAUGUUUUUACUUGGAACACUAUGAUUCGAGGGUACGCUGAAAGUGAUAACUCAACACCUGCACUUGGUUUGUAUCGUAAAAUGUUGGGUUCAUGUGUUGAACCUGAUACUCACACUUACCCUUUUCUUCUUAAGGCGAUUUCAAAGUCGUUGAAUGUUAGAGAUGGGGAAAUGAUUCAUUCUGUUACUGUGAGGAACGGGUUUGAGUCUUUGAUUUUUGUUAGGAAUAGUUUGCUUCAUAUAUAUGCUGCUUGUGGUGAUACUGAAAGUGCAUACAAGGUGUUUGAGUUAAUGGGUGAGAGAGACUUGGUUGCCUGGAAUAGUGUGAUUAAUGGGUUUGCUCUUAAUGGAAAGCCUAAUGAAGCUUUGAGUUUGUUUAGGGAAAUGAGUUUAAAGGGUGUAGAGCCGGAUGGGUUUACUGUUGUUAGUUUGUUUUCUGCUUGUGCUGAGCUUGGAGCGUUAGAGUUAGGACGUAGGGUUCAUGUUUAUUUGUUGAAGGUUGGGUUGACUGGGAAUUUGCAUGUGAAUAACUCGUUGUUGGAUUUUUAUGCGAAAUGUGGGAGUAUAAGGGAAGCACAACAAGUGUUUAGUGAGAUGAGUGAAAGGAAUGUUGUUUCUUGGACUUCUUUGGUUGUUGGGUUGGCUGUUAAUGGGUUUGGUGAGGAAGCACUUGGGCUUUUCAAAGAAAUGGAAAGACAAAAGAUUGUGCCUCGUGAGAUCACUUUUGUUGGUGUGUUGUAUGCUUGCAGCCAUUGUGGGAUGUUGGAUGAGGGGUUCAACUAUUUUAGAAGGAUGAAAGAGGAAUAUGGGAUUAGGCCGAGGAUAGAACAUUAUGGUUGUAUGGUGGAUCUAUUGAGUAGGGCUGGGUUAGUGAAACGGGCUUAUGAAUAUAUUCAAAGUAUGCCAAUGCAACCAAAUGCUGUUAUUUGGAGGACCUUAUUAGGAGCAUGUACAGUACAUGGAGAUUUGAGUUUGGGUGAGAUAGCAAGAUCCCACCUUUUGAAGUUGGAGCCGAAACAUAGCGGAGAUUAUGUGCUUCUCUCAAAUCUUUAUGCCUCUGAGCGUCGUUGGUCUGAUGUACAGACAGUGAGGAGGUCGAUGAUAGAGGACGGUGUUUGGAAAACCCCUGGAUAUAGUCUCGUUGAAUUGGGAAACCGCGUUUUUGAAUUUACUAUGGGGGAUAGGUCUCACCCUAGGAGUCAGGAUGUGUAUGCACUGCUAGAGAAGAUCACAGAAUUGUUGAAGUUAGAAGGUUAUGUGCCUCAUACAGCAAAUGUGCUUGCAGAUAUAGAGGAAGAGGAAAAGGAACAAGCCCUGUCUUAUCAUAGUGAAAAAGUUGCAAUUGCUUUUAUGCUCUUGAAUACAGCACCAGGGACUCCAAUCAGGGUCAUAAAGAAUUUAAGAGUUUGUGCCGAUUGUCAUAUGGCUAUCAAACUCAUAUCCAAGGUUUACGCUAGAGAGAUUAUUAUCAGGGAUCGUAGUCGGUUCCACCAUUUUAGUGGUGGUUCAUGUUCCUGUAAAGAUUACUGGUAAUAUAUAGAAUUAUCAUGAUUUGAUAACGACAUCUUGUGAGUACAAUGCUAUAUUGUUUUUGAGGUAAGAUUUGGUGAUUAGAUAUAAAGGGAGUGAGACAUGGCUGAAGAUUUUGCUAACUUCUUCUAGUCAUUCUCAGUAUAUACUUUGUACUGUAGGCAUCAACCAAUUCUAGCCUCUUCCUCUCCCAUGGAUAAGUUGGUUAACGUUUAAAAGAUUAUACAGGUUUUUCGGUAUAUUCAUACAAAUUCUUUUAUGCUUCGGUGUUAUUGACAUCUGUCACAUGUCAUUUAUUUGGAAAAACAGGGUUCAGGCAGAGCUAAGGCUUGUAUCAUUUCAUAUACUUGUACGGUACAUUCCCUCAAGUUUAUGUGCUUUAAAUUGCUCGGCUUUUUAUUAUUGAUUCACUUGUUAGAAUGAGCAAUAAUGCAAGAAAGCUUGGCCUUGAGCUGAAUAUUUUUGAAAGGGAAAAGGCUAUAAUACACUUUUCAGAAUUGCUUCUAUCAUGGGCUAGCAUAUAGGUGUUCUGCAAAACACCAACAAAAAUAUCAAUUUUGAUCAUUUGAAUUAUCCAUUUUUCCUUUUCUCCCUCCUUUCUCCGGAGAACCGCAACACUGAAGCUUCCCACACCACCUCCGCAGCUUCAUGUCCCUAUCAGUCACAAUGUCCUUCCCCUCCACCACCAAUUCCAGCAUCAUGAGAAGGGGGAGAAAAAAAAUCAGAAGGGGAAGGGAUUUGAUGGCUUGAGGGCACUUUUUUGUAUUAAUUCAAAAUGCUGUUGCAUUUAGAAUCAAAAGUUAUGAGAAAUGAAGACAUAAAAAGGUGCAUUGGUGUUUCAUUGAGGUGAUUGAUCCAAGUGGCCUAGAUUGGUCUUGGAGAGUCUGUCAUCUCAUGUGCUAGGUUGGCCUGCAAGUGUUGUGAGUUGAGAAGGUGCUUGUUUGGCUAAAUCCUGUGUCUUGGUGUUGUUAUGUUGCAUAUCUAUAUCAAAUAUAAAGGAUUUGGGACUGUGA